AUGACUCGUGAUUCACAAAAUUAUAUAACGAAGCAAUAUUUCAAUUCCGCUAUGCAGAAUCUCAAGCAAUCUCUGAGACAUUAUGAUAUGGCUAUGAAAGCGACUUAUAGAGAUUCAGGUAACAAUCGGCCUUCGAUAGAUGGAAAUACUGAUAAUAUACCUGUUGAUUGCUGGGAAGCUUAUAAAUCUGGAGCUGCCAACAUAUCUGGCCCAUACCGCAUUCGGCCUGUGGGAGCCGAUAGGCCGUUAUUUGCUUAUUGUGAUCAAGAACGAUGGGGCGGCGGUUGGACGGUGCUGCAAACAAGAUUCGAUGGAUCUACCGAUUUUUAUAGACCUUAUCAAGAUUAUGUUCAUGGAUUUGGGAACGUUGCUGGUGAACAUUGGUUGGGAUUGGAAACUGCACAUUUGCUAACAAGCAAUGGAUUAUAUGAAUUGCUAAUAGAUCUGCAAGAUUUUGAUGAAAUAUGGACGUACGCAUAUUACAAGUCAUUCUCGAUCGGGCCAGAAGCUCAAUCAUACCCCAUAAACGUUCUUGGUGCCUACUAUGGAGACGCAGGCGAUUCGUUAGCAUAUCAAGCUGGUCAUAAAUUCUCGGCUCAUGAUCUGGAUAACGACAACUGGCCUGAAGGUAGCUGUGCACAAGCACAUCACGGUGCAUGGUGGUAUCACGCAUGUGAACAAAGCAAUCUGAAUGGGUUAUACUUAUCGGGACAAAUUCCUGAAGAUGUUAGCAAUCAAGGCAUGUACUGGUAUGAGUUCCAUGGACCCGGCUACUCUUUGAAAGCAUCGCGAAUGAUGAUCAGACCGGCGGGCGCAAGAACUGACUUUAAAAAUAAGACAGCCAUGAAUCCGAAAACGAAAUCAGAUGCAAGGCAGGCUCCGAAUGCUAGUUCUGAUUUGAGCGACUAUGAAUAAUUGUAAACCAUAUCUAGACAUAACUUUGAUUGAUCUUAU